UUUUGGCAAUGUCGAUUUAAUUUUAGCCGAUAUAAACGCUCUUAUCGCAUUAUUGCUUCGCUACAGUAAUAAGAGCCCGAAUUGAAGUACUUUGUUCUGUACAAUGUGUAGAUGGAUAUAGCUUCGACAUUACUGGAGCAUGGAGCUAAGGCCAAUUUAGAAUCAAAAUUAGGCUUUACACCUCUGCAUUUGAGCGCUCAGAAAGGUCAUUACGAUAUGACCAAUUUGUUAAUUGAACAUGGAGUUGAUCCAAAUCAUAAAGCAAAGAACGGACUGACGGCCUUGCACCUGUGCGCCCAGGAGGACUUUAUUAGAGUGGCGUCGAUUCUCGUGAAAAGCGGCGCUAACGUCGAGAGUGAGACGGAAACUGGCUUCCGCCCGAUUCACAUGGCUGCUCACUUUGGCAAUUUAUCGAUGAUACGUUUCUUGUUGAAGCACAAUGCCAAAAUAGACGUGAAAACUAAGCAGAAUUACAUGCCUCUUCAUCAGGCUGCGCAACAAGGACACGCGCACAUCGUGACGGCACUCGUCGAGGGCAAUGCCUCGCACAGAGCUCGAACCAAUGAUGGCUUAACCGCCCUCAAUAUCGCCCAGAAAUUGGGUUACAUCUCGGUGAUGGAAGUAUUGAAGGGUCUCUCUUACGACGACGUAACACCGGACAAUAAAAAUUGGGAGGAAAAGUACAAGGUCAUUGCCCCCGAAAUUUUACAGGAGACGAGCCUCAUGUCCGAUUCAGACGACGAAGGAGGUACCGAUGAUUUUAUAAGCGAGCAACCUUAUCGAUACUUGACCGCGGAUCUUAUGAAGAGCCUGAGAGAUGAUUCAUUGCCAAUCGAUGUGACGAGAGACGAUCCAAUACAUAGGCAGAUUUCCAAGGAAGAAUACCAAGAUUUUGUUCAAAGUAAUAACUACUGCUCCGCCGAAAACUUUGAUGGCAAUGACUUCGCCAGGCCCGUUUUAAUCGAUAUACCACAUUUCGCCUCCGUGCGCGACAAAGAACGAGAAAUUAUUAUUCUACGAAGUGAAAAUGGAGAAACUUGGAAGGAGCAUGACAAUUCCGUCGAUAACGACGACACGCUUUUGAACACUCCAUACGAUGUGCAAAUGAGCGCGACGUACUCGGGUAGGAUAACAAGAAUAAUAACCACCGAGUUUCCACAAUAUUUUGCAAUUGUCACUCGUAUUAAGCAAGAAGUUCACGUGAUCGGUGCCGAAGGUGGGAUUUUAAUUUCAAGCGUCGCUAGUCAAGUGCAGGCAGUUUUUCCACCUGGUGCAUUGACCAAAAAAAUUAAAGUUGGCCUGCAGGCGCACGUAAUACCCGCUGAGCUCACGGCCAAAUUACUUGGCAACUGCGUGGCCGUUUCGCCCGUUAUAACGAUCGAACCACGUCGUCGCAAGUUCCACAAGCCGAUUAGCCUGACACUGCCUGUACCUCAAGCUGUCAAUAAGGGCAUGAUUAAUCAUUAUGGUGGUGAGACGCCGACACUUCGGCUCCUCUGCAGCAUCGCUGGUGGCACGAGCGAGGCCCAAUGGGAGGACGUGACCGGCUCGACGCCCCUCAACUUCAUGAACGAUCGCGUUUCAUUCACGACAACCGUCUCCGCGAGGUUCUGGCUCAUGGACUGCAGAAAUAUCCAGGAGGUGCCCAAGAUGGCCACGGAUUUGUACCGAGAGUCGCUAUAUGUACCCUUCAUUACUAAUUUCAUUAUUUAUUCGAAACGAAUGGAAGAAAUUGAAGCGACUUUAAGAAUCUUGUGUAUGACGGAUAGUAAAGACGAAAUUCAUACUUUGGAGAAGCAAGAAGAGUUUGCAGAGAUAGUCAAAAGCCGUGACGUCGAAACGCUCGACGGCAAAGAUCUUUAUAUAGAAUUUAGCGGUAAUUUAGUCCCGGUGACCAAGUCCGGAGUACAACUCAAAUUCACAUUCAAAGCCUUCCGACAAAAUCGACUCUCAUUCCAUGUAAAAAUUAAGGACUCUCAAUUGGAUCCUGUUGCUCGAAUGAUGUUCAUGAGAGAACCAAAAGUUGCUAAAGGAGACCCAGCACAACAGCCUCUUUGUAUAUUGAACAUCGUUCUUCCGGAAAUUAAACUUAAUUCAAAACGUCAAGAUAUCGAAGAUUCGAAUAUUAUAAAUCAAAAAAUGGAUUUGUUGAAGUCGUCUUAUAAAAUUGAUUAUAAUGAAGAGAAAAGUGAUCGACCCAAGUACACUUCACCUCUUGAAAUGAAAAUUAUUGCCGACACUCAGCAAAAAGAACGAACAACAGAUUCUCCAUUCACUAACACUUGA